GACUGCAGGAGACACGCACAGACUAAUCAACCAGUUGUUGACCGUCAUGAGUUCAGCUCUGUAUCUGAUCCUGCUUUUCUCAGCUCUGUGGACUCUCUCCUUCUGUGGGACUCGUCAGUUUUAUGUGGUGAAUGAAAAUAAGAACUGGAUCGACGCUCAGAAAUACUGCAGAGAGAAAUACAUUGACCUGGCCACCAUUGAGAGCUACGAGGAAAUGAACCCUCUAUUAACUCUUGUCAGUGGGACAGCAGGCCAUUUCUGGAUAGGACUGAGACAGAAAUUUGAACAGAACACCAUUAGCUGGAUCUGGUCAGAUGGGAGUAACUCCUCAUACACAUACUGGAACACUGGAGAGCCAAACAACGGAGUGGAUGAUCUCUGUGUGGAAUUAUCAUAUUACUCUGCAUAUUACCCUGCAUACAGAUGGUAUGAUUCAGACUGCAGUUCUCAAAAAACAUUCAUCUGCUAUAAAGACCUUCCGCUCAUCCUGAUUAACCAGAACAGGACGUGGAGAGAAGCUCUGAGAUACUGCAGAGAGAAUCAUGUGGAUCUGGUCUCUGUUCACACUGAGGAAAUUCAGCACUGGGUGGAAACAGCUGUUUAUUAUGCCUCCACUGCUAAUGUGUGGAUGGGUCUGCGUCACACCUGUGCUCAGAACCUCUGGUUCUGGGUGAGUGGAUCGACUAUGUGCUACCAGAACUGGGCUCCGGGGAACGGGACAGGGGUGGAAGACUGCAGUGGAGGAGAAAGAACAGGAGCGGUGCAGUCUGGAAGUAAGAAGUGGGUCAGUCUGCCAGAGAAUCAGAGACUCAACUUCAUCUGCAACACCUCUGAGGACCUUUAGAUUAAGGAUUCAGGCAACCAUCAUUGAAGCUGGAUCUACAUACUGUCCUCCACAUUAGUGUGCCUUAUUUCAUUACAGUCUGAUUUUAUUACUGAAUUUGUCUGUUUUCUGUGAUACAUUAGCACAUUUAUUAAAUCCAUAAGCAAUUCAUAAGAAACAUUUAAAAACUUCCCAAUAUUUAUCAGCUCCAAAAAUCUCUUUAUACCGUUGACUAGUGGCCCUUAGGUGGCCCUUUUCAUUCUGAAAGUUAACCUAAAGGUAUAUAAUUCAAAAACUUAUGUACACAUUAUAUGUCAAAGUGUGUAGACGUCUGUUCAUCCAAUGCUUCUUCUGAAAUUGAGGGGCUUAAUAGCAAGUUUGUUCCCCUUUGCCGUAGUACCAGCAUCUACUCGUCUGGGAAAGCUUUACACUAGAUGUUGAAACAUUCUUGUGAGGACUACAGGAGGAUUAGUGAGGUCAGGUGGAUGUUGGAUGAUGGUACUGAUGAUGUUAGUUCUGCAUCACUCCAACUCAUCCCAAAGGUAUUUGAUGAACUCCAUAUUUCACAGAACCACAGUGCAGCGUUGGGGGGCUUUAUCCCCCAGUAUUGGUAUAAAGCUCAUGUACAGCUGUGCCAGAGUGUCUCAUUCUAUUGCUUAGAUUAAACGAGCUGAAUACCUGUGACAGCAAUAGAUGCUUCUCUAAGUGGCUACAUUUACAGCAUUGGACAGACAUUCUUAUCCAGAGCAACUUACAAUUUGCUCAUUUUUACACAGGCAGGCAAAUGUAGUGUUAGGAGUCUUACCCAAUGACUCUUUUUUGAAUAGGGUAGGGUUCAAUUUAUGUCCCAAUACCAAGUGGCUGCUGUUUUUUUAAGGUGAAGGGCUUUGUACUUUAACUUAAAAAUAAAUUAAACAUUUUUGCAGUUAAAUGAUUACAAAACAUUUUUUUCUGUUUUUGUUGUUAUCUUAGAUUGUGUCUGGAUUUGCCUUAUGAUGUUAUUCUGUGAGUGUGGAACUCUUAAGUGUGUCAUUCAAUGACCUCCUCACCAUUCUGGCUGGUUUUCAGUG